AUAUUUACGUUCAAUCGUCCGACCAAACUGGUGCCAGCCCUAACCAAGCUUACUUCUGCCAUGCUGAAUGCACCAACGCCGAAGCCGCAAGCAGCCAGUAGUCUUCAAUGGACGGCUCCGGCCCUGUACCGCCGGCUCCGCCGCUUAGCCGGCGAUCCCACCGCCUGCAGCAACACCAGAUCCGCUCCCUUCUCCUAACUUUCCUCGCCUACUCAGCCUUCCACGCUUCCCGCAAACCCCCCAGCAUCGUCAAGAGCGUCCUCGCCCCAGAUCCAACCAACUCCACCUCCUCGUCCGCCGCCGGCUGGCACCCCUUCGAUGGAAAUCGCGGGCCACACCGUCUCGGCGAACUCGACCUCGCCUUCCUCUCGGCCUACUCCGCUGGCAUGUACCUGUCCGGCCACGCUGCUGAUCGCCUCGACCUCCGCCGCUUCCUCGCCGGUGGAAUGUUCGGAAGCUGCAUCGCCACGGCCGCCUUUGGGUUCGCUUACUGGUUAGACGUGCAUCGGCUUUGGUUCUUUGUCCUUGUCCAGGUUGCGGGUGGUUUCCUACAAUCCAUCGGCUGGCCGUGUGUUGUUGCUGUGGUGACGAAUUGGUUCGGUGAUUCGUCAAGGCGGGGACUUAUCAUGGGGAUCUGGAACUCGAAUACCUCCGUCGGAAAUAUUCUUGGUUCCGUGCUUGCGUCAUGCGUGCUCAAUUUUGGUUGGGGCUGGUCGUUUAUCGUGCCGGCGUUAGUCAUUGGCCUGGUUGGGGUUUUGGUCUUUGCAUGCUUGGUGCCUCAUCCGAGAGAUUUAGCGCUCGAGAAUAUGGAAUGUGGAGUGGAGUUGAAUGUGGCAAUAGACUCUUUUGCUGUUAAUGAUGAUGGAUUAGUGGAGAGUUUGAAUGGGAAAAACUCACUCAUUUCUGACGAGACUGCUCUUCUCCAGCGCGGGCUCACUGAAGGAAAGAGUUGCAGAGGCACGGAAGGAGAGGAAGAGCCAAUUGGUUUCUUUGAGGCGUGGAGGCUGCCGAGUGUGGCAUCCUAUGCUUGUUGUCUCUUCUUCUCAAAGCUUGUUGCUUACACUUUCCUCUAUUGGCUACCAUUUUACAUUCGGCACACAGCUGUUUCUGGAGAGCACCUAACACACAGAACUUCUGGAAUCCUCUCAACUGUUUUCGACAUUGGAGGGGUGCUUGGUGGUGUUUCAGCAGGCUUCAUUUCGGAUUGGCUUUGCGCACGAGCAAUCACUUCAGUUAUGUUCCUUAUAUUGUCAGUUCCUUCUCUCAUUUUGUACAGAAUGUAUGGAGGCAUAUCGUUGCACUUCAAUAUUGGUUUGAUGUUUCUUUCUGGAUUUUUUGUUAAUGGCCCCUACUCCCUAAUCACCACAGCUGUUUCAGCUGAUCUUGGAACACAAGGCUUAAUUAAAGGAAAUUCUCGUGCUUUGGCUACCAUUACAGCCAUUAUUGAUGGUACAGGUUCCAUCGGUGCUGCUUUGGGGCCCUUACUUACAGGAUAUAUCUCAACUUGGGGAUGGAACAAUGUUUUCCUGAUGCUAAUUCUUUCUAACUCACUUGCAGUUAUGUGCCUUACUCACAUUGCAAAAGCUGAAAUAACUAGUAAGAAGAAGCAGCAAGUAUCUUCUACCAUCAUUGAUGCAGAGAGUUGGUAAUUUUCAUGGUCAUUAUAUUUCUUUGUAAAUGAGCUACAAAGUGUUUUUCUUUUCUUUAUAAAUUUUGUAUAAUAUCAUUGAACAAUACUGUAGGGAUGUAUUUUUAAAAGAUGCCCUUGAUUAGGAGAAAUUAUUCUGUGUGGACAUCGGAUGGUCCGGAGAUCAAUCAAAAUGCACCACGUCACCCGUUACGAGCACUAGUAUCGAGCAAAAAGUGAUGUGGCGUGUUCUGAUUGGUCUUCGGACGCCGUCCGGAAUCUGCACAGAGUAAUUUUUCCUUGAUUAGACUAUGAAUUACCUUCAUGCGAUGAAUGUUUAAUCCAGAGACAUGUACAUUUUUAUACUAUUCUGGAUAUUGAUUGUAAAUUUUUCUUCGGGUAUCAAAUUGAUUCUUCCAUAGUUUCUCUAAGAAAA